UGACUGGCACAGUUUCACUUUCCAAACGUCACCGAGAGAGCAGGAACUGAGAAAACAUUUGUGGGCAGAUCUUCAAGAGAAUCUUGGCGCAAAUACUUCCGCCUGUAUUCAAAGCUGCAGAUUCUCCAGGGUUUUGAUUUUUGAAACUUGUUUUGUAGUUUCCAGAUCCUGAAGUGCCGAGCAGGACAGUUUAUGCAGACAUUAUUCCUCAGUUAAACAGCUCAUGCAGCCUCUCUGGAGCACAUUACUUUAGUGCCAUGCUUUAAUAUCACAUCUAAACAUCUGGCGCGUUUCGGCCUGGUGUGGCUCUGUGCGCUGAAAUGGUGGACCUGCAUUUCUUAGAGGAUGAAGAACUGCUGCAGUUUUUCCACUGUCAAAAAACUGAAAUGUCCUGCAUGGACAAACCGCAAAUCUUUCUCGACAAGCUCAAGGACUACGACCUGAUCCCGGAGGACACAUACGAGAAGUUGAGUCGCAUGAAAAGUAAAGACAACUUGAGGAAAGCUCUGUAUGAUUUCCUGGACUGGUUGGAGAAAAAGCAUCCGGAGGACAUCAGAGGUUUCUGGACUUGCGUCUUUACGGACACCAUCGUGAAUAAAUACCCCACCCUGCUAAUAAUGCGCAACAGCCUCAAGGACGGGUCUUUCCAAUUUAACGUACGGCAGGCUGAGCAGGCGGUAAACAAAGAGACAGACAAAGGGAAAAGGAAGGAGGUGUCAGAAGAUGAGGAGAAAGAGGAGAAGAAAGCAAACUCAGGGAAGAAAAAGAGAAAACUGAGAAGAAGGCGCAUACGUGAUGAUGAUGAUGAUGAUGAGGAGGAGGAGGAGCAGGCCGGUCCGUCAUCUCAGUCGACUCCUAAUAAGAAGAAAAAGGUCAAGAUAAACUUCUCUCCUUCACUGAAGAGGGGAGAGAAGAGCGAGAUUUGGAACUGGCCCAUGUAUAAGCAUCAGCUGCCUGUGACCUGUGGACAGCAGAGCGGGUAUCUGAACAGAGACAGACUGGCUAAAGGGGAGAAGUGCAUUGUGGUCGAGAAACAGUGGUUUACUCCCGGUGAGUUUGAGAAGUUUUCAGGGAAGAGCAGCUCCAGGAACUGGAAGUUAAGCAUUCGGUGUAGAAAUGUGCCGCUGGGAAAACUAAUAAAGGGAGGUCACCUGAAGUCAGGGAGGUACAAAGGAGGGUGUAAAAAGGCCAAGAAAGCACUGUUCCAAUCUGAUGAUGCCGUCACAGUGUCUGAGGGAGAAGAAGAUGGAGAUGAAGAAGAUGGAGAUGAAGAAGAUGGAGAUGAGGAUGAGGAUGAGGAGAGUGACCACAGCAGCAAAAAAAGUUCCACGAAUGACACGGAAGAAGAAGAGACGGAGGAGCAGCCAGGGCCCAGCCAUGACAGGAGCAAUAAAGUGUACAAAGUUACAUGUGGAGCGUUAGAGGGGACCCUACAUGAAAAACGAUUCGCAUCAGGGUCUUGUGGGAAGAGUAUUCGUACCGAGGCGAGCUGGUUGACCCCAAUGGAGUUCUUGAAGGAGGCUUCCUGUCAGACCGGUUCCUGGAGGAAAGACAUCAAAUGCGAAGGCAAACCACUCGGUGUCCUAACAGAGGCAAACGUCUUGAGGAUCCACACACUGCUGUGCACUUGCAGUCGGUGCAAGCCAGAUUGUAUAGACGCGGAAUAUGAGAAAAACGAUGACGAGUGCUACAUCUGUAAAAAUGAAGGCGAAGAAGAAGAGGAGCUGGUGAUGUGUGAUAACUGCCCUCGCUCCUUCCACCAGAAAUGUCACCUGCCUCACAUAGACGACGCCGUUUUAGGGGACGGUACUCUGUGGAUGUGUACGUUCUGCGUAUUCAAAUCCAACGAAGAGUGUUUUUACAAGGACGAGCUGAAAAGGGAAGCAGCCAUGUCCAACGAAAUAUCACAGCACAUGCUGAAAUGUCAGUAUCUCCUCCUCUGUCUGUUCACUGCCGAUGAGGAGCGAACAUUUGCUACAGAUCCAAGCCGCUAUUUGUCAGACUACUCUGCUGUGGUCAAGACUCCGAUGUGGCUGGGCAAAGUAGCAGACAAACUGGAGAAUCAGGUCUACAAGACCGUUGGAGAGUUUGUGUCCGACGUCGAGCUCAUUUUCACCAACUGUGCCUCAUACAACCGAGACAAUGCUGAAUACCAUGCCAUGGGCAACAGACUCAAGGAGUUAUUUGACAGAGAUUUUAGGAAAGUUUUCAACGUCAGCGACUGACGCAGCGUUCUGCUCUCCAACACAAAGCUACUGAAAAAAGGCUAAACGUGUCGAGAAUUACAGACUUGUGGGUACAACCCCGUUUCCAAAAAAGAGUUGCUAAACUUUCGCCUUCAGUCCUGAAUGUUGAAUGUUAUGCCUGAGUGAGCCGCCCUUAAAUGUAGGUAAGAUGAAUUCAGUUUGAAAUUCCUCAUUACUGUUGAAAAUGGUCAAACGUGGAGAGCUCAGUGAAAAUGAAAGAGUCCUUCAUGACAGGUGGUCUAACACAUUUGUUAAGCACUUUACACUUUGUCUGGAUAUAAUAUUCUAAAAGAAAUAAGAUAAGGGUCUUACUUUCAAAUUAAAUCAUUAAACUGUCCAGUUUAAUGAAUGAAACGUAAUUAAUUUAAGAAAUUAAAAGUGCUAACACUUAAAUUUUAUAAGUUAAAGGGGAACUCCACCGAUUUCACACAUCAGCAUCAGCACAUGAUGCAUUAUGUUUACAAACGGGUGUAUUGAGCCUUUUAUGGCUCCAGAGGGAGCUACACUGAAUCUGACAAAUGAUCUCAAAUGAUGUCAUGCAACAUGAGUUGCAUUGUGGGUAAUGUAGGCGCUGUUUUUUUUUGUAUUUUUGUACGUUUUUCUGUUUUAAACUGCAGAACAAUAGUAAAAAAAAAUAAAAGUCUUCUUUUAUUGCCCUGUUUUUUUCAGAUUGUAAUAUCAUGAAUGUAUUGUAGAAGUCAGAAUGUAUAUAUAUGUCUGAAGUGUUCAUGCAAGUGGAUUUCCAUGUUAUUAUAUGUUUUCAAAAUAAAAUGUUUGUCUACAUGUUU